GAAUUCUACGCAUGUACGUCUUUGGGUGUAUCUCCGACAUAGAAGCUUGGAAAUGUAAUGGUAUCAGGCUUUUUGUCUUUUGAAGAGAACCCACUCAUUCUCGCUUGUGUGCUGCAGGCCCUUGCAAUCGGAACAGCGUGUGAAUUCUACGCAUGUACGUCUUUGAGUGUAUCUUCGACAUAGAAGCUUGGAAAUGUGAUGAUAUCAGGUUUUUUGUCUUUUGAAGAGAACUCAUUCUUGCUUGUGUGCUGCAGGCCCUUGUAAUCGGGACAGUGUAAGUGAUUAUAAGGGAUCCGAAUGAAGUGAAUACUUUACGGAAAAACCCCUCGUGCUCGUUCACUGACCCACUUCCUCGAAUGGGCACCGCUCAGAUAUUUGAAUGUUUCCUAAAACCCGGCUUUCUGUAGAAAACAAUUAAGGUUUCAAAUCUUGCAAAAGCUUGAUAACGAUAAAAAGGAACAAAAGACAGUUAUUUAAUGUGCAAGUGAACGAUUCUAAAAAUAAAAUCAUAAAAUCUUGAAAACUACCCACAUUACGAUUCGUUAAAAAAUACCUCUGUGACAUUUAGAAGAGCAUCAGUUUCCUUCACGGCGACAUGGCGAUCAACGUAGUUCUUCCCAUUCUGAUUCCAUUGGAGGAGAACCUUCAUAAUGCAACACGACUUCUGUCUGGCAGUGGGAGGUCACUGCUUGAAUUCACACAGCACCGCUACUGCGCUCUUCUCAGGGAGGAUGCGCCUACCUCUUCAGAUGUCAUCACGGUUGUGGCCCAUCAUGAGGAAGGGGCCUCCAUCAGAUACAGCAUCACAGGUGGAAACCGAGAUGGCCUCUUUACCAUCGACCAGAAAACGGGACUCAUCACGCUGGCAGCUUCGCUCGACUACGAACUCUACGACAAGCACGAACUGGUAGUAUCUGGCGAGGGGGGAGGCCAGGUGGUCCACACGAUCGUCCAGGUGGCUGUGGCGGACGUGAAUGACAAUCCGCCCGUCUUCGCUGAUCCCGAUCCCUACGUCACCAUCAUCGAGGAGGACGACAGGCACCUCCCAACUACCCUUAUCAAGGUUGAGGCCAGUGACCCAGACCUGUCGGACGAAUCUGGCCUUUUAUACACCUUACGAGGAGAUGGGGUUGAUGGUUAUUCACCAGAAGACGCCUUCUUCAAGAUAAAUCCUCGUACGGGAGACCUUAUGCAGUUGAGGGCCCUCGACCGUGAUCCACCAAAUGGGAAAAGAAUAUGGAAACUGAGAGUCAAAGUCCAGGAUGGUCAGGAACCAUGGAAAGCUGGAAAUCGAAUCAAAGGAACGAAAAACACUUCAGUGAACAAGAGCGAUCGCUUGCCAUCGUGGGACUAUGAAAAUGGGUUUCAAAAUGACCAGCCGAUUGAAAAUACUCUUGGAAGAGGCGAUGAAGUAACUAAACAUAACAGAAACAGUGGUUUUAAAUUGGAAAGUUCCAAAGUUCGAGAAGAUGAAGUCAGGAACAGACUGUGGGAGGCAAAAGGUAAUGGGUAUGAUCGGCUUGUAUCAAGUGCAAGAAAACACGCGUGGGCGCGAGAAAGAAACCGUAAAUAUAAAGCAAGGCCAUUCUUUUGGACACAGUCGAAUGACCGGCAAAACUUGUACACACAGCAUUCUUGGAAAUUAAAAGACAUCAGUUAUAAAGAGACCAAACAGCUAUCCUGGAAUGACCAAGCUAGGUUUGGUAUUCCCAAGUCUGUAUACAAUUACAAGAAUGAGGAACACUCACAUAAAAAAAGCGGGGAACUCUCUAAGAGAAUAAAAAACGAAAAAAAUAUAGAUAACUGGGUCAGUAGAUCUGAACCCAAAGUAAAAGAGAGUGAAGAACUGGAUAAAGUAACAGAAUCGACUUUCAGUAGCAGGAGAUCCAAUGCUGAUGAUCAUACUUGGCAUGUUAAUCGGCUAAGAGAAAGCCUUAGUGAGUCAACUAACAGAAGAACACAAGAUGGGCAUAGAGCAGUAGUUGAAAAUACAAAACGAGGAAGAGGUUUAGAAAAAGAACAACGAAUGAAGGACAGAAUUUCACUCAGGAAAUCAAGGUCUGGAGAGUUUUUAGUCUUAUAUCCUGACACUUCAAGUGUAAAAGGACACAUUCUUGAACAGAACAGUGAAUCCUCGAAUUCUAGAUUAAUAACUUUUGCAGCUGUCAAAAACCAGAACACAGAGACCAAUAUUAAAGGAAAUGUGAAAAAGUUUAGGGUAAGUGAUAGCAUAGGUCAGCAUCCAAAUUUUAAAUCUGACAAGGUUUUCCAAAAAGGUGACAGUAUCUGCAAAAGUCAGAUUUCCACGUGUGGCUUGAUUCCUGAAGCGAAUGGUGUGAAACAAAUCAGAAAGAACAGCCAGUCCUCAUGGCGUAACAGUCUUAAGGCAAGAAUUAAAUUCAGAAAUGAAGCAAAACUUCAUAAAAUUGAGAGCAAUACCGAUGAUCCACCUGGCUACCUUAUUUCUCUUGACAAAUUCAAGAAUCCACAUACUUCGACCUCUGAUUGGGAAGACAUCGAAGGUUCUGCUGAAGGACAGUUGAGACAAGAACCCCAUUUUGUCAAAAAGGCAAAGAGGUCUCCUGAUGGGGUAUUGGAAACAAAACGCAAAGGCAGUAACAUUUUAUAUGAAAGCCCCUCCGUCAUUCAAGAGUCCAUAGAAACUAAAAGUACAGUGCAUAAUUUGGAAAGUAUACAAGAAUCCGAGGACCAAUUUAGAUCUGAUAAUUUGAAUGACAUUAAGGAAAAGAAAACUGAAAGCCUCCCCGGCUACUCUGGAAAAUCUAUAGAAGCCAGCUCUUCGAUGUUAGUCUCGUUAAGUAAUGUCACCAAAAAACCCUCUGCAUCUCUAUUCCUUCAGAGUAAAAUUGAAUCUGCAAGAAAAGGAGUCAUUGCUAACAAUAGCCUGGAUUCAGCAUAUGUCAGUGCAAAUUCGUCUAAAUUAGAUAAAUUCUCUCAUAAUCUUAAGUCAAACUUCUCAAAAACCACAGCAUCACUAAAGCUACUUGAACCGCAAAUGGACGGUUUUACUCUCAGAGAUUCUAGCGAUGUAUUAUCAAAGAAAACGAGUAAAUACCCAAACAAUGAAUACUCGAGUUCUAUAGGUCAGACCCCAAACACUAACCAUUUGUUAACAUCAAGUGAAGUGAGAAAUGUUUCCUUAUCCAUGACUAAAAGCCGCCUCCCUGCUUUUGUCGCUAGAAAUCGACAGAUCAGAUCAAGCACUCAAAGUUACGUCAGGUGUCAGAAAGCAAAAGAGCAAUUGGGUUUUGAAGAAACCAAGAGGCAAAGGCUGGCUCUCGAGAGGAGCCAGAGACAUCUUAAUGGAGUCUUCUUUCAAUAUGUUGACUUAGAUGAGGAAGAAUGCUACCAAGCUUCCCAGGUCAGUGGACGGGUGACUGAUGAGGCAGGGAAUCAGAAGGACAAUCCGGUACAUGAGGUGGAGAUCCUUGUGACAAUCGUUGUAAAGGAUAUUAAUGACAACGCGCCUAUUUUCCCCAACGUGACGAUGUUUGGAGAAGUACGGGAAAAUGGGCCAGUGGCCCUCUCGGUGGCGGAAGUGUCCGCCUGGGACGCUGACGACGCCACCGAAGGCACCAACGCCCGCAUCACCUACGCCAUUGAGAAGAACGUCAUCCACGACAAGACCGGAGAGGCCAUCUUCAGCGUGGACCCCUCCACUCCGAUCCGGGCUUGGUUGACGACCGCCCUCUGCUGCCUGGACAGGGAGAACGAUCAACGGGCCCCGAGUAACCACAUUCAAGUGGUGGCUGCCGAUGGAGGAGGACUCAAAGGCACAGGCACAGUGGUCGUUCGCCUGACGGACGAAAACGACAAUUCUCCGCGACUUGCUCGACAAUACUGGGAGCUGGAAGUGGACGAGACGUGGGGGGCCGGUCCCCCGAACAACAUGACCCUCCUGGAGAUGACAGCUGCAGAUCCCGACACGAAGAAUCACUUCUCUUACAAGAUCGUUGAGGAAAGCGGCUGGGGCUGGGAUCACUUUGGCAUCCGUUCGACAGGAGCAUCUGGUCAGCUCUAUGCCCUGAGGACACUGGAUUAUGAGGACGAUACCCAUCGCCAGGGAUUCAAGUUCAUGGUCCAAGUCACUGAUCGGGGGGAGGGGGGAUGGGUCGACCCCAGACAUCAGGACACGGCCUGGGUGGGUGUCAAACUCCGAGACCUCAACGAUAAUCCACCUCAAUUCGUCCGUCCUCACGCCCACGUGACGAUAAGCGAGGACGCCCCUCUGGGAACUUUGCUGACUACCGUGUCCGCCCACGAUCCAGAUGUGGGUGUAGCUGGUCAAGUGGACUACUCUGUGGUGGGCGGUUGGAACUCACUCAAGGUGGACAAGAGCGGAGGCGUGAGGCUGUUCCGCCGUUUGGACCGCGAGGCUGAAGGCGGCGCCCUGGGCGUCGCCAAAAUCCUGGGCACAGACAGAGGAGAGCCGCCCCUGACUGCCACCGCUACCCUGACGAUGACGGUCACAGACGUCAACGACUGUCCCCCUCGCCUUCUUCCUCCGGACGUCCUUCACGUGACAGAGGGCGCCCCUCCCGUCCUGCUCGGAGUCCUGACGGCUACUGACGAUGAUAUAUGGGCGCUGGGGCAUGGGCCUCCUUUCAGCAUGUCGCUUUCGCCGUCGAAUCCUCCUUAUGUCACGGAUCUCGUCAGUCUGAAGUUUUAUCAACAUUUCGACAGCGGUCGGGGAGGAGCAGAAUUAUGGACCCGAGGUUCUCUUGACCGUGAGACCCAUCGUACGAUCCCUGUAGAAGUCGUGAUUGGCGACGCAGGAGGACUCAACAGGACAAAUACCGUAACGGUUGUUGUCAAAGACCUGAACGAUAAUCCCAUGAAACCUGCUGCCAAGAUGGUUUACCUAUGGAAGACCCAGGGCAGCGGAUCAGAGGCGCCCUUAGGUCGCGUGUACGUGGAUGACCCAGACGACUGGGACAUAGCCGACAAGACCUUCCGGUGGGCUGGGAAGCCUCAUCCCCUCUUCACACUGAACGCCGAUGAUGGGUCCAUUAUUGCCUCCAGCCUCGUGCGAGAAGGAAGGUACCUGCUGCACUUUGCGGUGAGUGACCGAGUGUGGAGUCAGGUGGGUGUUGCUGCCAACGUCACUGUGGUGGUCAGGACCUUGACCCACGAUGCCCUGACCCACGCUGCGCCAGUCCUCCUGACUCCUGUUACUCCAGCCGACUUGACCAGGGGCUGGACGCCCACGACUGGUGGAGGUGGUCUUGGAAAACUGCUGGAGGCAGUUCACGACAUCAUUUCGGAAGGUCCCUCCCCCCACAAGGUAGAAGUGGUCAGCGUCUACGGGAACACCGCUCUUCCGGGGAUCACUUCGACGGUCGCCGUCACUUCUCCCAAAAUUGAAUCGUCAUCCAGUCACCCGCAAGAAGGGGAACAGCCAGUUGGUGCUAAUUCAUCCAGUGAGCAUCCAGCGCCAACUACGUGCGUCUGGGUGAGCGUGAAGGAUGACAAGGAUGCCUUUGUAGACCCUGUCAGGCUACAGGGCUUGUUGUCUCUCCGCAAGGAUAAGCUGGAGAAAGCCACUGGCCUCUCAGUGUCCCUGAAGGACCCGCCCCCUGUCUUUGAUAAAAAGGGAUCCUCGAUCCGGCAGGUCCCUAAGAAGGACACGGUGAGUAUAGGGCAUCCUUCUCACUUCGAAGGACCAGAGGACUCUGCUCUUUCCACUCUCAAGUUGUCCUACGAAGACGGUGCCUCUGUGACCUCUCUCGCUUCCACAGCCCUUCCUCUUCAGGUUGUCGACACGAACAUGACCUCGUUGGUGACUCCUCUCCUCAUCCGACGCCAUGAAUGUGUGUCCCAGGAACGCCCAAGGGGCCACGGCCACGCUUCUUACGACUCUGACACCUGCGCGCCUUCCAGCUGCCUCAACGGAGGCAGGUGCGUCAGAUUCCCUUCGGGAAGCAGGUGCGUGUGUCCGGGAGGCUCGUGGGGUCCCCAGUGCAAGAUCCUCUCCAGGACCUUCCGUGGAUCUGGCUGGGUGUGGUUGAGGCCUCUCUCCCCGUGCCUUCCCACAACAUUGUCCCUUCGUGUCCUGACGCGGAGGCCUCACGGGCUGCUCCUUUAUUCGGGUCCCCUCGCCCCACACUCGGAGCCCUUUGGCUCCUCUUACUGGAGUCUCCCCUCGCCCAUGUUGGCUCUGCAGGUGGUAGAGAGUAAGCCUCAGCUCAUCGUCGAAGGGAUUGGCAGUUCCUUCGUCCUCACAGUCAAUGCGUCGGUCACUGACGGCGAGUGGCACACUGUACACCUUCACUUGCAUCAACAGGGAGUGGCUCUGAUGGUGGACUUCUGUGGCCUGGGAUGGGACGAGAAGACCAACGACGAUUCUCAUUGCGUCGCCAGAAAGGCCUGGGGCCUUCCGGAGGGUCUGAGAGCGUGGGAGGUGCUGGGUCCUCUGCAAAUAGGGGGCCUAGCUCAAGGACCACAACGGUCAAGGGAUUAUGGAUGGAGUCAAGCUCCUACACCUCAUUCGCUUGAUGGGUGUCUUUCCAAUUUAGAAAUAAAUGAUCAGCUAAUGGACUUGGGGGAGACACCAUGCAGCAAAGACAGCACAACUGGCUGCCAACCGCAAGAAACAGCAUGUCUAGGUGGCCCGGGAACGUGUGGCAUCAGAGGCGCCUGUUCGUGUGGGCUGAAUCACCCUGAGUGCCAUUGUGACCCUGGUUGGACAGGAGUCCGUUGCGACACCCCAACGGCCCCGGCUACUUUGGGCCCAAAGUCGUACAUGAAACUGGCGUUGUCCUUCACCCCUUCGUCAAGAGUGGUGAGCGUCCAGCUGAGGGUCCGGACGCUUGGCGAGUCGACAGGGAUGCUAGUUCGUCUUGCCGCUCAGCACACGCAACAUUCUUUCACUGUUCACCUUCGAACUGGGGUGGCCUGUGCGUCAGUGUCGGGCGCAGGGUGGGCAGCCAGGGUUGUAUGCGUCGAGGGCAGACCCGUAGGAGAUGGUCAGUGGCACACCGUGAGAGCCGAGAGACACGGCCACAGUCUCGUGAUCAGCGUCGACGGAGCGGACGAAGGGCGGGUCAACAGAUCGAUCCCUUCCCUUGUGGCCCCCGGGAGGCUCAGCAACCUCCAGGAAGAAGUCAAGGGCCCGCCAAUGCCUUUGGAGAUAGACAAGCAUGACGGAGUGACGGUCGGCGGGCUACCCGAGUUCCUGGGCGUCAGACUCGUGACUGUUGCUGAGGACUUGCAAGGCACAUGUAUAGAUGACUUGAGAGUGUCAGAUCGCCAGCUGCCGCUUCCCCCCGCAGUCAACGGCAGCACCUGGGGCCAAGUGACCACCUUAGACGGAUUCAUGAAGGGCUGCAACCCUCCCACCUCCUGUGUGAACGCGACCUGCGAUCCCCCGCUGUCCUGCCACGCCUCCUGGACGCAGCCUUCUUGCAGCUGCGGUUCAGGACGUCAUCUGGCUGGAUCUACGUGUGAAGACGUCAACGAAUGCCUGUUUGAGCCGUGCCUUCACGGAGGAAACUGCUACGACCUGAAAUCGGGCUACCUUUGCCUCUGUGGACCGAACCACAUCGGCGAUAACUGUGAGUGGGCCAAAGUCUCCAGUGCAGGUCACCCGCUAACCGCGCCGGCGGUUAUAGCGGCGGUUACGCUGUCACUCCUCUUUUUAGUUCUCAUCGGAGUGUUCAUCUCCUUACGACACCACCGACUACGAACAGCUAAGACUUUGGGUCACCAGGAGACGGAGCAAAGCGUGGACAAGGACUCCACCAUCAUAGCAGUCAGAAUAGGAUGCAAAGGAUCGGUGAUGACUCUCGAUGCAGAGAAGAGGGAAACUUUCCUCGGGCUGAGGAGCAGAUGGAAGGAAACCGCCAGAAACAAGGCGACGACCACCAAGAGAAAAGGACCGGGGGACGAAUCGCACACCACCUUCCUCGAGUUGCUCAAACUCAACCGGGCCAAACCUGCCAAGGAGUCAAAAAAGGGGGGUAAUGCUGUGAUCAGCAGUGGAGUCAGCACUGCUGUCAUCACUUCUGCUGGAGUCUCUGGCAGUCAAGAUAUUGCAUUGGUGGGAACCAUUGACCAUCAGCAUCACCACUUAGCAGGGGAAGACUUAAGAAAUUAUGCGUAUGAGGGCGAUGGAUCAUCGUCGGGAUCUCUUACCUCUACUAUAUCUGGUUUAAGAGCCGAAUUAGAACGCGAAGAACCAGAUACUAUUGUAGCUGCCGAUUUCGUUGAAGUAAUGGACCUCUUGAAGAACCUUCCGGAGGCUCCUAAAACAUCCAUCCUUCUCGCCAGACUCAAAGAAAAGCGAACUUCGGUGAAGGAGGCGAGGGACGCCGAAGUCAUAUCCACGGUGUCUCUGGGGUCAUUAAGGAGGGGAGAACCGAGUUGUACAGAGUACUGUAAACACUCUUCUAAGUUGUCUCCUCCAACCGUGUCUUCAGGGUCUUUUCCUCGCCCGCUGGAGACAAGGAACGUAGAGAUGAUUUCUCCCUCCACUGGUGCCCAGUUAGCUUGUAUGCAAGAUGAACUCACUACGACCUGCUGACAGUAAUAACCUUAUUGUAAAUCUAACUAGUUUCAUCUUUGAAAGUGUUAUAAUGUUAUGGUUAUUAGUUUAAUAUAUAUGUUCACCCUUGAAAGUUAUGUAAAUUUAAAGUGUUAUAAUACUGGUUAUUGGUUUAAUAAAUGAGAUACUACAGUUAUUUUUACGUUAAGGAAAGAAGUAAAUUUUGUACAAAAUAUCAGCUUUUCAACGGAAAAUAUAUGAAUAGAUUUUGAUUGAACUAUCUCAUAUUUGUACUGCUACAUUUUCACAAAAAUGAAAAAUAGUAUUUAGAGAUGUUUUAUACAUUUAUAUUAUAAAUUUAUAUUGUACGUGUUUUAAAUGUAUAUUAAACGUGUUUGAUAAA